UUCAGAACGCUCAUUGGCUUGCAUUGUGAAGAUGUGAUGUUGCAGCUAGUUUUAAGGUAUCUGAUCCCAUGUAACCACAUGAUGUUGAGCCAGCGAAGGGCUGUGAAAGAGAGAGAUUGUUACUCCGUAUCUGCUGCAAAACUGCUUGCCCUGACACCACUCUGCUGCUCCACUGGGAUCACCUUGACUCUAGAAAGCCAAGGAAAAGAUUAUAUUCUCUGGACAAAAGCAGCUCAAACUGAAGAUUCUGUUAGAAGCGUUUCUGAAUCCACCUGCAUUGUGGAAUUUGGAAGAGCUGUGGAUAUCAGCUACCUGCAGUACCUGGGAGAAGCUCAAGAAGCCAUCCUCCAGUGUCUGAAAGAUUGUAAGGUCUGGUCUGCUUCAUACGAUGGAGUAAAUCCUGAUCCUGAGACCUUUAUCCAAACACUUGCUGAGGAGAACGGUACAGAUGUGGAACACCCCAUGUUUCGUCUCCAGCAAAGGACACCCAGCAUGUGUAGCUCACAAACAGCACCAAUGGGUGAGAAGAUGCAGUUGGAGCUGGAAUGGGAUGAUAGCUAUGACACAGGGAUUUCUCCUGGUUCUGAUGUGAGCUCGCUCCAGCAGUAUGAUGAUCUGGGAAAUACAGAGGUGCAGAUGCCUGCAGUGCCACCAAAACAUAUUCAAGAGAUGAAAAAAAAUGCUAUCAUGCUUGUCAAAGGAUCUUACAUAGAGGAUUCGGACUUUCAGGAUGAUGUUAUGGUUUACAGAUUAUGUGCCCAGAAGGAUAUGCAGGAUGAUGACAACUCCAAGGAGAAAACUUUAAAUGUGUCCAGAGAACAUCAGGUCCAAAGCCAGACUGUUGUCAAUGGGCCUCUCUCUAACAGCCAGCUGGAAGUGGGCGUGGAUGAGCACAGUGAAAAAAAAUCAAGCUUGACUCAAAGUGUAACGAAAGAACAAAUAAACCAGAAAAUGGUGGAGACUGAUCCACAGCCAGACUUAGAGUUGAAGCUUCAGGAGGCAGAUAAUUGCUUAAGCUCACAAACGCUGAGCACAGAUGGUGAGGAUUUCAUUGCACAGUAUGACAAAAUUAUUAAGGAACUGGAUCCAAACAAUGCAGGUGUGGAGGAGCAAAAGUUAGACACUCCUGAUCCUGUGUCUCCUGCAGAAGAGGAGGAGGACUUUGAGAAUUUCUCAGCAGAUACCCCUUCUGUGGAGAGCACGUCAUCUCCCUUUGGACCAAAGGAGGAUGCAUCCCCCAAGCGUGCUGCGAGGAGUCAGAGUGCUCCAUUCACAGGACCAUUUAUCAGCGUGGUGUUGUCCAAGCUGGAGAACAUGCUGGAGAACUCCCUGCAUGUGAAUUUGCUGCUUAUUGGGAUUAUUACUCAGCUAGCAAGUUACCCACAGCCUCUUCUUCGCUCCUUUCUGCUCAACACCAACAUGGUGUUUCAGCCCAGCGUACGGUCACUUUAUCAGGUGCUGGCAUCUGUGAAAAAUAAAAUUGAACAUUUCGCUUCUACGGAAAAAGACUUCCCAGAUCUUCUCCUGGAGGCCCAACAGUACUUACUUUUUCGUGUGGACAUGUCUGAUGCCGCUGAAGAACUGCUAACCAAAGGUAACGUGGGGAAAGGAAGGAGCCUCUCAGAAGCACCCUCAGCUGUGCUGCAGCCUUUCCUGGGACAUAAGGGAAAGAGGAGCCUGGCUCACCCCAGCCUUCCCGUGCACGUGAGGAAUGCUGUGCUCGCAGCUGCCCUUUUCCCAGAGUUCCUGAAGGAGCUGGCAGCCCUUGCACAGGAACACUCCAUUUUAUAUUGCAAAGUACUGGGGGAUUUUGAGGAUUAUUAUUAGUGGGUUUUACUAAACAUGAUGGGUUGUUGGGGUUUUUUUUGUUUGUUUGUUUUUUAAGAAAAAAGACUUUUGAAGUUUAAGCUGAUUAUUUUUUUUAGUGCAAAGCUGCUUAUGAAAGAAGGUUCUACUUCACUACUUCCUGAAAAUACUUGAUUUGAGAGGGAAGGAAGAGGCAGAAUGCUAUUCCACAUUACUUUAUAUUAGGCCUUACAACUUUCCUCUGUGCUACGUAACGUAUUUGAGAGAUUUCUUAUUCUGCUGUUAGAGCAGCUCCCUAAGCUCACCUUGUUACAUGGGUGCUCCUCUUUACUGCCACUGACUCCUGUUGAAUUUUCACAGUAGGCACUUAAAUUAGGUGGUCUAAGAGGGGUCAAAUGUUUCAGCUUUUUAUUACUUCAGAAAUACUGUAAGAAAAAAGCCUGUUAGAACACAGUUUGUCUGGAAAAGCACUGCCCUGGGACAAAGUCUGGGGUAAAGAAAUGUAUGCAAAAUGUGCACAAAACCCUUUUCUGUGAAGGGCUGUGCUUCUCCGUGGCUCUGUCCUCUUCUCUGCUCCCCUCCCUCUUCCCUGGGACGGGGUUCUUGCCAGCACACCUCUGAGAAGCCCUCCUUUGCCAGUAGCUCAGGUUUGUGAAUUCAAGUGAUCUUAUGUGUGUUAAACCCAUGACUAGCUGCAAGCAGGUGCUGGGCUCUACACAUACCGCAUUGCCUUAUGUUGCAGACAGAUCUGCGGCUAUCAGCUGUUGGUCUUUGAAGUCAAAUGAACUGUGUAAGUGGAUGUGGACUGCAGACUGCCUGGAAUUUUCCUUGCAGUUUCUCAGCAUUCUUUAAUAUCUACUGCACUGCUACCUAAACUCUCAAGCAUGCCUUAUUUAGUAAGAUUUGCACAAAGUACAAAGCAAAAUGUGUCUAUGCAAGUGGUAAUUAACUUGUUGUUUGUUUUUAUGCUUAUUUUAAUAAGCUAAGGAACGGUAUUCAGUUUCUUUCAGUAGUAUUAAAAGGACAGCAGGCUGUUUUUGUCAAUCUUUUUUUCCCCCCCUCCAUAUUUUAAUGGAAAAUAUUGGCAUGCUCCUGAAAGCCGUUCUGUUUUAUUCUUCCUUUUUGGGGGGUUAUGGGGAAAGUGGAAAGUUGAAUACUGUUUGUUUACUUCUCAUUUAGGUGUCGACUUUUCCUAAUAUUGCACUUUUUGGAUGGUGAGGGGAGGAGCAGGCUGUUCGCCAGCUGCAGAAUAGGAAGCAGCAAUAGGGAGAGCUGUCUGCUAGUGACUAACUGCUUGAGAAAAUUCUCAUCUGUGAGUAAUGGGCUUCAUUAGAAGAACCCAAGCAUGAUGAAUUGGCGCAUCACUACUGCAUUUCAUCUUACCUUAGUAGAGUAAUUGUGCUUCCAGUGUGCUGUAGUUGGCUCCAUAAAGAGGGGCUUCAUUCAAGAAAGCCUUAUAUCCACUUUUUCCAGGAAAAAAAAAAACCAAAAAACUUAACAGCCACUCCAGGAAAUUGAAAGAAAUGGAAAAAAUGUUUGUGUGAAUUGAUUCUGCUAACUGUAAUUCCAGAAUUCCAGAAAACUCCAGAAUCACAUCCCAAUUUUCAAACACGCUUUCUCAGAGAUUGCAAGGGAAAAGCUUAUGUACAGAACACUGAGUUUAAGAACAAAACAAAUUAAGAAACAAAAACCAGCAAAACCACCCUCAGAAAUGUCUAAUUACAGGUCAGUUCUUGUGGACCUUGCACUGCAAUUUAAGCUCCUAAAGUCUUCAGAUGCCUCUGAAAAAUGGUACCUUUCACGUGCAAGUUGUGGGAAGCAUUCGUUGUCAGUCUGCUGUAGGUUAUUUCAGGGAAGAAAAUCCCAAAGUGUAUCUCUAGCAAGAUCACUUCAAGUGAUCUACCUCCACUUGUUUGCUGUACAGUCAUCAUGUCCACCAUGGUGGAAGGGUUACAUUGCUUCCCAGCUGACUCCAGUGUGCUUGCACUCAUAACUUGAUGGGUUUGUUAUUUGUUUGCUUGUUUUGCUUAAAAACAAGCACCAUUGCAUCACCAUCCCAUAAGUCAUGUCUGUCCUUCACAUGACUGACCUCACAAGCUUCCUCAGAAGCUGGAGCCAAAGCUGUGGGUUUUUUUCUUAAAUCUUGGUUAUCCAUGAUUAGGAGAGCUCUUCUUUCUUUCUUUUUCUUUUUUUCCCCUACAACACUGCUAUAGACAAGAGCUAACUUGUAAAUACUUUACUGUGUCCAUAGGAAAUCAUGUGUUCUUCCUGCACUCUCACUCUUACCCACAUGCAUUGCUGUCCUUCAUGCUGGACUCAUUGACCUACCAAAGGGGUUCAGUGGCAUGUGGAAAGUGUUCUGGCACUGUGAGUGCAGAGCAAGGGUGUGCUGCACUCCUCUCCUGCUAGGAACUUUGUGAGCAAAAGCAAAAGUAAUGAAUCUGUGUGAAUCUAUAGUGCUUCAAGAUCAACUGCUACGUUGCAGUAGUAAUCAUGUAUGUUUUUAAAAAAAAUCUUUUAUUUAUUUAAGAAAAAAGAAAAGAAGAAUUCUGCAGACUGUUGCUUAAGGCAGUAAGCUUACUGUAUGGACCCUCCCUUGUUUCUACUUUGAAAUAAAAAUCUUUGUUUGCUGGG